GGUGCCCUCCUCGGACAACGCCUGCGUUUUACCAAACACUCAAUAUGCUUCCAAACGUACGCAUUCAGUGUAUUUGUAAGGUCUAUUUUGAGGAUUUAUAGGAGUUUGUGUGUAGUUAAAAAACAUUGACUUUACAAAACAGGAAGAGAUUAUUGCUUGCGUUUCAGUUCAAGACCUCUCCUUUGGUAAUUUUAAAACAUCCGAAUUAUAUUAGUAAUUCUUACGAAAUGGUUUUAGCGACAUAAUUUUAUGGAACCUGAAGUAGAUCAGUGCUCUAUUGAUAGUUUAUAAGCUAUUAAACACAAGUACUGGCAUCAGGCAUGUAACACAAUGCACGGCUCUAGCCGCAAUUACGAUGAGUAAAGAUAGAAUCGCAUAAACGAUCUUCGGUCUGCGUGGCCGACUAACGGACAAACUAACAUACACCACAUUAUUGAGAGGAAUUCUCCAAGGAUAUCGCGACCUUCGUUUUGGGUCACGCGUCCGUAAUCACGUUAAAAUAAACAUUUGUAUGUCACUUGUUCUACUAAAGAAAUUAAGCACAUCUUGUUCAUUUGGCCUAAUUUCGACAUUAAUGAAUAACCAUGGGUGUCCGAUAACUGCUAGAAAACAACGCGAGGUAAACACGAAUCAAAAUGAGUGAAUUGAAUGUUAGGCGUAAAAAAUAUAAUUUAAAAUUCGGAAAAGUUCCAUUUGUAAUUUGUAAUAUUUACAUGUGAAAAUCAUAUUAGUUCGUAUUUUUUGCGUUACAAGUGUACGCCAGAACCAAACAAUGGCGGCGCCAGGAGUCGGCAUGGUAACCGCGUCAGCUAUAGCCCAAUGUUUAGUCUGUCAGUUCGCGCGUUCGGCGCGGCUUCUCGUUAUGGACAUAUACAUUACAUUUAGCACAUACUGCUGCGAAAUACAUCUGGAGUUCUACUUACCAACCAGGCUGUGCAGUGGGUUUCAUUCAUUCAAUACUCUCAGUAAACUACUACUUAGUAAAAUUCAUUCAUAAAUUAAUACAACUUUACAAUGGGAUAGUUAUUUAUGAAUAACAGAUUGGAACAAGACAGUCACCUGUGCAACAAUAGCGCAGCACACAUGAAACACGAGACACUGAAUGAAGCCCACUGCACAAGACCUGCAACUUACCAGCUGCCACUGCAAGUACACAUAAGGACAAGUCACAAUAUGGACAAGAGAUAUUCAUCAGCUGAUCUACUACAUCACAUCACAUUUCAAUCAUAAUUUAGAUGUUUACUUUGUUAACAGUAAAAAGCUGCCAAUCAGAUGCAUAUAGUGUAGCAGACCAGCCUGUUCUAACAUUCAAAUAGUCACUCAUUCUGCACAUGACUUGAGGAAAGUGGCAACAAUUCUGUGUAAUAUACAUAAUUUGGAAAAAAUAGUCUUAGCCAUAAAUACAGCCUCUUUUAGAAGCAGGCUAAUAAAAUUCUAAAAUCUACUUAUCACUUUUCAAUAUAAAAUAUAAAAUGUUAAUAAACUUUUGUUUACCUUUUCCAGAGACUCUUUGUUUU